UUUUCAGUCCCGCGCUAUAUGUCGCGCCGGUGUUCGAAGAAAACUCUCGAAAUGAGAAAUUGAACUAACUUUCCCAAAUUUUCACUUUCUUUCAUUCUCUCUCGCGCCCCUGCUCUCUUUGUACGCCGCCGUCCUUUAUCUUCACCGCCCCUCAACAGGAGGCCCCAGAAAACGGAUUGCUGGCUCCAGAUCUAUGAUCCGUAUUUUUAGGAUAUGAUCUAUGGCACUUGCAUCACAGCUUUGAAGUCAUUGAGUUUCAGAGCACUAGUUUUGCCAAACUCAUUGAAUUUUCAAGUGAAGUUGUCCUCCAAGUGUAGUCCUCGGCGGAUAAGAAUGGAAGCUGGUAACCUUAGUUGUAGCAUAGAGGGUAACAAGAAGGAGUCUAGAGGUGCCCUUAUUGUGCUAGAAGGUUUGGAUCGUUCUGGGAAAUCUUCGCAGUGUAGCAGACUAGUGUCCUACUUGGAGGGAGAAGGGCUCUCUGCCGAACUAUGGAGAUUUCCUGAUAGAACUACGAAUGUUGGGCAAAUGAUAUCUGCUUAUCUUACAAACGCAUCACAGUUGGAUGAUCAUACUAUUCACCUUCUUUUUAGUGCUAAUCGUUGGGAAAAGAGGUCAUUGAUGGAAACAAAAUUGAAAAGUGGUACAACCCUUAUUGUUGACCGUUAUUCUUAUUCUGGGGUGGCUUUCUCCUCUGCCAAGGGACUGGACAUUGACUGGUGUAAGUCCCCAGAAAACGGAUUGCUGGCUCCAGAUCUAGUAGCAUACCUUGACAUAUCACCAGAUAAAGCUGCAGAAAGAGGAGGGUAUGGUGAUGAGAGAUAUGAAAAGUUGGAAUUCCAGCAGAAAGUUGCCGAACAUUACAAAGUUCUUCACGAUGCCUCAUGGAAGAUUGUAGACGCUUGCCAACCCAUAGAAGACGUGGAGAAACAGUUGCAAGAGAUUGCACUUGCUUGUGUCAAACAAUGCCAACAGGGGAAGCCCCUCUCCUCCUUGUGGUCGACAUAGACAUGCACUAUUGAAAGAGAUGACAUGUAUGAACAAAUAUGCCAUAUAAAUUAUGUACACCGAACCUCAUUUAUGAAUAAUUCCGGUUGAUUCACAUUCACUCCCACAUAACAAUGUCAAAUUUGUUUGCCAAGUAAUUUGAAGACGGCUUGGAGACUUUUUAAUAUGCUCAAGUUGAAAGGAAUGUACAGUUCCUGAUUCAACAAUUAUCACAACUUUCUCUACCCGGACGAGGUCCAAGUUUUAUUGUGCCUAAAUUUUACCAAGACUAGCAUUUGGCCUGCUUCAAGAGUGUUUCAUGUAUGUGUUACCACAAAAUAUAUUACGAGAAAAAGUCGAAUUGGUCCAAAGAUUUUUAUUAAUCGAUAAACUGCUACCCUUGUUUA